AUGUCCCUCACCCUCGACGACCUCGCGGCGACGAGCGGCACGGCCGCCCAGGACCUCGCCCUCAAAUCGAAGGAACUAACGCAGAAACAAGUCGUAGCCGUCCCGGUCGCCCACGCGACCGAGCGCCGCGCCCAGCGACAAUUAGCUUAUGACGAGACGAAAAAGACUGCUGAUCAGUGGGAUGAUACCAUAGACGCAGAAAGAAAAACGUCUUCCCUGAAUUUUGGGAAAAGAGAGGCCGAACAGACGUCCACGUCUCAAUUAGCCUCGUCUUUUUUUGCAGACACGCCGCUCGAGCGGCGCGUCGAGCAGAUCCUGCAGCAAGCGUCGGCCCAUACGGAUCAAGCGGUGCAAGCGCGGGAGGACGAAGCGCUCGAGGAGAGAGAUGACGCUGAUGAGAGAAGAAAAGAGCUGGCCAAGACACGUUCUUUACUCUUCUUCGCCGAACGGAAAGCCAAGUACCACGCUAAAGUCAAGUCUAAAGCGUACGCUCGACUUAGAAGGAAGCGCCUGAAGAAGCGCGACGAGGCGGCGCGCGAGGCGGCCGCCGAGGCCGAUCCCUCACUCCGGGAAGCUAGAGAUGACGAGCUCGCGACGAAACGAGCCCAAGAGAGGAUGGAUUUGCGACACGCAUCCACCUCGGCCUGGGCGCGGUCCACGAAGAUGCGGGGUCGAGGUGCGGUCGAGUCUCGUCGUCGAGAAAUGAGAGAUAAUGAAGCUCUACGUAGGGAGCUCGCGAAGAAGCAGGAGCAGUCCUCAUCUGAGGACGAGUCGGAUUCCGACGAGAGUCGCGAGGAGUUGAUCGCGAAGGCCAAGGCUUCGCUCGGGGAGUGUGUCGAUGAAGAACAACCUGGUGGCGCGUUGCUGAACAUGAAGUUCAUGGUGAAGGCGCGCGAGGCGCAACGAGCUAGAGCAAGGGAGGACGCCGAGAGGCUGCUGGAGGAGCUCGAGGCGGGAAACGCGUCUUCGGACGACGACGACGAGGACGGCGCGGCGUUGCGGGAGCUCGCGGCGCUGUCCGGCGACGCGCCCGCCGAAGCGGAAGCGCCGCCAACCGUGGCGCUCCAGGGCAACUCGCUCAAGGUGCGCCGGAAGCGCGGCGCGGCCGCCGCGGCCGCGGCGCCGGCGGCCGCGCCGGCGGCGGCCGAUGGCACCGGCGCGGCCACGAAGAAAGCGCGGGCGGCCGCCGCGGAGGCCCCAGCGUCCGGGGGCGAGGGCGCCUGGCUCGCGGCGGCGCGCAAGGCCCGCGCGCGCGGCCGCGCCGUCUCCCAGAAGCAUGUGGAAGUCGAGCCGCCGAGACUGCGGACGGGCUCCGUCACGCAAGCGCCCGAAGAGAGCGCGCCACCUCCUCCGACCGAGAACGCGCCGCUCACGAAGCUGUCGCAGCAAGACUUAUUACACAUGGCCUUCGACGACAAGGACCAGGAGGACUUCGCGGCGCAACGCAGCGAGGAGCUCGCGCCGGAGAGGCCGCCGGAGCAGCCCGACCUGCUUGGUUGGGGCUCGUGGGCCGGCGAGGGCGCGCCCGCGGCGCGACCGAAGAAGAAGCGCAAGGAAGCACCUGUGACCAUCGUACCGCCGACGCGCGCCGCCGCGAACCCGCGCGUCAUCCUGAACGCGAAACGCCACAAGAAGGCCGGCCUGCUCAAGGUCGCCCAGGUGCCCUACCCUUUCACUUCACGAAGUGAAUAUGAGCGCUACAUGGCGCGGCCCGUUGGUAAUGAUUGGAACGCCGCGCCGGCGGUCAAGAAGUUGACGCGGCCCGCGGUGUCGGUCCGCGCGGGCGCGGCGGUCGAGCCCAUCCGCAAGGGCGGCGGGAAGAAGAAGGGGCUCGUGUAAGGUAGUGAAUGUUU